AUACCGCUAGAAACAAUCAGGUGACGCGUGAUUCAUUAAAUAAUAACGAAUUAGUGUGGAAACAGAAUGACUUGCCUUGGCAAGUUUAUCGAUGGGCAGAAAUUGCGUGUGCGAUGUGUGUUCAAUGUCGGCCCCAGAGGCACUUCGUGACAUGGCCUUCUUCGUGGCUAAAGUUGGAAAAUCAAGGGCAACCUCUGGGAAUACUUCAAUGCCACAGCUAUGUAUUCAGACCUGAGUAUUUCGUUCAUCUACUGAGUAAAAGUGCUGAAAUUUCUACUGUCAAAGUGCCCGUUGACAACCAAAAUAUGUUUUCAUUCACCCCACCGAAACCACCACCACCUCCUGAAGGUGAAAAACGAGUGUUUCUGAAUGAUCCUGACUUGGACAAGAUCGCCGUACACCUGAUCGGCACUCAACAAAGAUUCAGAGAUAACAUCAUCAUCCCCAGAAUCAUGGGACCUGUUAGGAUCAAGACAAACGAAGAGAAAAUGCUCGAGUCUAUCAUGGAAAGCUGCGCAUUCAAGAGCUUUAUGAGCUGUGUACUAGGUUUUGGCCUUGGUGCAGCUAUCGGUCUUUUUUCAUCUAGCGUUAAUCCAAAUGUUGCCAGUGUAGAGAAACAACAAACAGCACGAGAAAUCUUCAGAGAAAUGAAAACCACAACGGUUGGAUAUGCUAAGAAUUUUGCUGUUGUGGGAUGUGUCUUUUCUGCUGUAGAAUGUACUAUAGAGUCGUACAGAGGAACGUCUGAUUGGAAAAAUGGAACAUAUGCCGGCGGUGUGACCGGUGGACUCAUUGGACUCAGAGCCGGAGUGAAAGCAGGUUUAGUUGGUGCAGCGGGUUUUGCGGCAUUCUCAACAGCCAUUGACUACUAUAUGCAUAAAUCUUAGAAUUUGUACAGAUAAAUUGAUCCUAUUUAUUGUACAAUUGUACGAAUGUAAAUAACAGAUGUGGGAUGAGGAGAUGAAACAUUAAAGUAAUCGUUGUUACGAGUCAAUAUAACAUAUAUAUUUUCUUUUUUGUUUGUAAUUAGAAAACUUAUCAAGUGUUAUAAUAAAAUCACUAGGCUCGACGGAGGAGUUGUCAAGAGCUUUCGAUCUGUAAUAAAAUAGCUUAUAUGUA